AAACUCAUCCUUAGUACCAUGCUUUCACAAAGCCAACAUAAUACACAUGGAUAUGAAAGAGAGAAACAAGAAGUAGAAAAAGUAGUGACCUUGAAGGUUGAAGCAAAUUAAGCAAACACAGUAUAGUGACCUUGAAGAGUCCAGCAACCAGCGAUCUCUUCCUUCCUAAAGCAUGGCUUGGAAAGUUUCAAAGGCAAAACAAUUAUAAAAUUUCUAAAGCAUGGCUUGGAAAAUUGAGGAGGUCAAACCGGUAAGCCAAACACCCCCUUCCUCGCUCUUCUCGGAGGUUCUCUCGUCUCUCUUCCUUGCCUAAACGGCAUCCUCUAUCUGACGCCCAACCAGCGAUCUCUUAUCCGGCGCCAUCUGCGGCUGUUCUCCCCAGCUUCACGCCCGUUGCACCAUCUGCCGAGGCACUUCUCGAGCUUCUCUACCCUAGCCAUCGCCACUUCUCCGAUGCCGUCCUCUCCUGAGGUUUCUGCCGGUGCCGAUGAUGAUGUUGCUCAGAAGCUCGGGUUCGAGAAGGUUUCAGAACAGUUCAUUGAAGAGUACAAGUCCAGAGCUGUUCUUUACAAGCAUAAGAAGACCGGCGCUGAAGUCAUGUCGGUCUCUAACGACGAUGAAAAUAAGGUCUUUGGCAUUGUUUUCCGCACUCCUCCAAAAGAUUCAACUGGAAUUCCUCACAUAUUGGAACACAGUGUGUUAUGUGGUUCAAGAAAGUAUCCUUUGAAAGAACCAUUUGUGGAACUGUUGAAAGGGAGCUUACAAACUUUUCUAAAUGCAUUCACGUACCCUGACAGGACUUGCUAUCCAGUUGCUUCCACUAAUACAAAGGAUUUCUAUAAUUUGGUAGAUGUGUACCUGGAUGCCGUCUUUUUCCCUAAAUGCAUAGAGGAUUUUCAAGCUUUCCAACAAGAAGGUUGGCACUAUGAGCUCGACAACCCUUUAGAAGACAUAACUUAUAAAGGCGUUGUGUUUAAUGAGAUGAAAGGUGUAUAUUCCCAGCCUGAUAACAUUAUGGGCCAAAUCUCUCAGCAGGCCCUUUUCCCAGACAAUGCAUAUGGUGUUGAUAGUGGGGGUGAUCCACAAGUUAUUCCCAAACUCACAUUUGAAGAAUUCAAGGAGUUUCAUCGCAAGUAUUACCAUCCCAGCAAUGCUAGGAUUUGGUUUUAUGGCGAUGAUGACCCCACUGAACGCCUUCGCAUUUUGAGUGAAUAUCUAGAUAUGUUUGAUGCAAGUAUGGAUCCCAGUGAAUCGAAAAUUCAACCACAGAAACUAUUCUCUGAGCCAGUGAGGAUUGUUGAGAAAUAUCCUGCUGCUGAAGGUGGAGACUUGAAAAAAAAGCACAUGGUUUGUUUGAAUUGGUUGCUAGACGAUAAGCCCCUAGACUUGGAAACUGAGCUGGCACUGGGGUUUCUGGAUCAUCUAAUGUUGGGCACUCCUGCUUCUCCUUUGAGGAAAAUCCUGCUUGAAAGUGGUUUAGGAGAUGCUAUUGUUGGCGGAGGUGUUGAAGAUGAGCUCCUUCAACAUCAGUUCUGUACUGGAUUGAAGGGUGUCUCCAAAGAUGACAUUCAAAAGGUAGAAGAAUUGAUCAUGAAUACACUUAAAAGUUUAGCAGAAGAAGGAUUUGAUUCUGAUGCUGUGGAGGCGUCCAUGAAUACAAUUGAGUUCUCUCUUAGAGAAAACAAUACUGGAUCAUUCCCCCGCGGCUUAGCCUUAAUGCUUCGAUCCAUUAGAAAAUGGGUAUAUGAUAUGGAUCCAUUUGAACCACUAAAAUAUCAAAUACCCCUGAUGGACCUGAAAGCCAGAAUCGCAAAGGAAGGUUCCAAAGCUGUUUUUGGUCCUCUAAUAGAGAAGUUCAUCUUAAACAACUCCCACCGUGUAACAGUUGAAAUGCACCCUGAUCCAGAGAAGGCUUCACGAGAUGAAGAAGUUGAGAGAGAAGCUUUAAAUAAAGUCAAAGCAAGCAUGACUGAGGAGGAUCUGGCUGAGCUGGCAAGAGCUACACAUGAGUUGAGGAUAAAGCAGGAAACCCCUGAUCCACCAGAAGCUCUAAAAACUGUGCCGAGUCUUUCUUUAAAUGACAUUCCAAAAAAACCCAUAUUUGUUCCCACUGAGUUAAUUACAAGGAUAAUUAUCUUUUAGUGGAAGAUACAGCAUGUUCUUAUCA